AUUCUCAUAUUAUUUCUCUGUAUAAGAGGCCAGUUGGUCAUCGGAUGUUGUUGAUAGUUGUGUAUAGUGUCGCAAAAAAGCGAGUAUUGUCCGUUGUCUCAUGGGUUAUCGGACAGAUAUAAUUUACGCGAAUUUGCGCCGAGUUUCAACCAUUAGUAAUAAGCUAAAUAAAUGUUCCAAGUUGUGGAGUGAAAUUUCGCAAAGAUAAUGAUGGCGCGGUGGUUGAAUCAACGAAGAGGUAACUCUCCAUUUUAGUGAAAAGAAUAGGAGAGAUAAUUAAUUCAAUGAACAGCUGACGAAGAAAUAAUUAUUCAAAGUCAACAUUUAAAAAUUUCAUCUUUAAAAUUGGAUGCUUUAACGAUUUAUAGGAAAAAAUCAGAGUUACUGACAAAAUAAAAUCCAAUUUCAUAAAGGAAAAGUUUUGAAAGAAAAACAUCUUUAUCUUUUGCUUGGUAUGAUUCGUAUGGCUCCAAGACCGGGAAAAUGGCCACUGUUUUCGAAAGUCCAUAUUUAUCAAAUCGACUACGACAAAUUGAAGAACGUUAUGAAGAACAUGGAACAUUUGGCAGAUGCGACUGCACCAGUUACAGUUAUUUAGCUCUAAGUCUCGUGCUUUUUACCAUUGGAACAGCGAUCACCAUUUUAUCCUUAGGCGAUGCUGCAAAUGGUCAUGUUUUUUCAAAUCUCGGCCAUAUGUGGCUGGUUGGACCGAUAUUUAUUGGCUCAGGCCUCAUGGUUGCUGUUAAGUGUAUUCUUUAUCUACGAAAAAAAUCUGUCAUUCAAAUGAUCUACCAUCAACGUCAAUUAUUUAGGCAAUUACAGGAGCUGGCAGGAGCACAAGGUGUUGGUGGAUCUGGAACUGGAACACCUGGUCCACCUCCUUAUGAAUCAAUUACUCAAAGUCAAGGACCUAGUGAAUUACCGCCUCCUUCGUAUGCUGAAGCUGUUGCUCUUUUACAUCAGUCUGAAAUUAAUGGUGCAAAACCCUCAAGUGGAACUCAAGCUGAUGGAAGUUUGUCAUCAGUUGGAUCAGCUCGAACUAAACCAUAAAUGCUUCCAAGUAUUUUUAAUUCAUAAUUAAUUAUGUCAUUAUUACCAAUAUUAACACGUACAGAACAUUUAGUACGAUGACUGAAAAUUAUUUUUGAUUUUUUGUGAAUUUUACAUUUUUUUUAAUAAUUGUAAGCCAAUAUUGACGAUUGAGAUA